AAGAAGCAGAAGAAGAAGAAGAUGAUGACGAUGAUGAAGAUUCUCCGCGCAGAAUGAGAAUAAAUGUGUGACUUUCAUCUGUUUUAUUUCUUCAGUGAUUUCACAAGUUUGAUUUGCAGUGUUUAUUUUCGGCGGGAGAAUUGUAAAACUCCAGGAAACAAGUGAAAUCUGUGUGACACUGUUGUAAAGAUGUUUAUUAAAGAGGAGAGUGAAGAUAUGGCUUAUCCAGAAGCAUGCAGAAUUAAAACCGAACACACUGACGAACAAACAGACUUGAUGGAAAUGAAAGAGGAAGAUGAAGAGCCAAUAGGAGUGAAAGAAGAAAGUCAAGAACAGAAUGAAGUGAAGGAGGAACAUCAGUAUCAGAAUCCUCAUUGUUUCAUAACUGGAGAAACAUAUUUUACUUGCUUACAGACUGAGAAGAAUUCCUCACAAAACAAAACUCAACCAGAAAAUUCCUUCACAUGCCAUCAGUGUGGAAAAAGCUUCAUACAGAAACAAAUUCUAAAGAAACACUUAAGAAUUCACACUGGAGAGAAACCUUUCUCAUGCCAUCAGUGUGGAAAAAGUUACGCAAACAAAUCUGGCCUUAAAAGACACAUAAGAUUUCACACUGGAGAGAGCCCUUUUUCAUGCCAUCAAUGUGGAAAGAGUUACACACAGAAACAAAGUCUUCAGAUACACAUAAGAACUCACACUGGAGAGAAACCUUUCAAAUGCCCUCAGUGUGGAAAAAGUUUCAUACGGAAAGCAAGUCUUACCAAGCACAUGAAAAUUCACACUGCAGAGAAACCAUUUAUGUGCCCUCAGUGUGGAAAGAGUUUCGUACGGAAAGAAGGUCUUGACAUGCACAUGAAAAUUCACACUGGAGAGAAGCCUUUCACAUGCCUUCAGUGUGGAAAAAGUUACAUAAGGAAAGGAGAUCUUAACAUGCACAUGAAAAUUCACUCUGGAGAGAAACCUUUCACAUGCUCUCAGUGUGGAAAAAGUUUCAUAAGGAAAGGAAAUCUUAAUAUGCACAUGAGAAUUCACACUGGAGAGAGGCCUUUCACAUGCCUUCAGUGUGGUAAAAGUUACAUAGACAAAUUAGGCCUUAAAAGACACAUGAUUUUUCAUACUGGAGUAAAGCCUUUCUCAUGCCUUCAGUGUGGUAAAAGUUUCACAUCUAAAAGAUUUCUUCAAGUGCACAUAAGGAUUCACACUGGAGAGAAGCCAUUCAUUUGCCAUCAGUGUGGAAAGAGUUUCAUUAAUAAAGGAAACCUUAAGGACCACAUAAGAUGUCACACUGGAGUGAAGCCUUUCAUAUGCUUUCAGUGUGGGAAGAGUUUUUUGCGUAAAAGAAACGUUGAUGUGCACAUGAGAAUUCACACUGGAGAGAAGCCUUACACAUGCCUUCAAUGUGGAAAGAGUUUCGCUCGUAAAGCAAACAUUGACAUGCACAUGAGAAUGCAUACUGGAGAGAAGCCUUAUACAUGCCAUCAAUGUGGAAAGAGUUUCAGUCGGUCACAGACCCUAAAAAAACAUGGGAAAGUUCAUGCUGAAGAGAAACCAUAACACCAGGCUUCAUGUGGGAAAAGUAAUAGAAAAAGGCAUUGCCUAGUUGUUGUAGUGAACAAACUGAAAGUAAUGGUAUGAAAUUCAGAAACUCAAAGAUGUAAUUACUCUUUUGGAAGAAAUUCUAUCUAAAAGAGUGAUUUUGGUACAUUGCAUUACCUAUAGUGAUGAAUCAGCUGUCAUUCUAUGUCAGGGGUUGGCAACCUGUGGCAUGUGUGCCAGCAUUGGCACGCGGAGGGGUAAUCACUGGCACUCUAGCAACGGCGAGAGAGGAGUAGACUAUUUUAUUUAUAUAAAUUCUGCACCUGCAUUCCAAUCUACAUCUUGAUGUAAUCCUCAUGAUCACGCAGCGUGUUUUCAUGAGCUGAAUGGGAGGCUAAACAAAAAGUUAAAAUGUGACGAGAAUGCAGUAUACCCAACAGACUUGUGCAGCGCGUGCAAGCCAUUCACGCAUCAUGAGCCAGCAGCGCUUCACUUUUGAAUAUUUGCGCAAGUAAACGCGCACGCUUUCCUUCGGUCAGGCUGUGCGGAUGACAGCCUACAUUCCGUGUUUCAUUUGUUUCUUUUUGCUUUCAGAACAACAUGUGAUGUAAUAAGAAAAACACCACUAUUAAUCAUUGAGAUUUCCAACCCAGCACACCCUCUUUAAACCAUGGUCGCACUCAAAAUGACAUUAAACGAUUAAGAGAGAAAACAAACCCACAUCAUGGUGUUCAAAAAUCUAUUCAAAAGAGUCAAGAGUCUAUUCAAAAUAUAAAUUAAACCUGGAAAUAAAGUUUUAGGAUUUUGCAGGUGCGAUUCACUGAAAAGGGCUAAAUAGUUGAUCAGCUUGUGAUGCGUGAAUGCGAGUUUAGUCACACUUUAAUAGUUUAGCCUCCCAUUCAGCUGAAGAGAAAACACUGUGUGAUCAUGAGGAAGGACUACAUCAAGACGUAGAUUGGAAAAACUUCAUAUAAAUAAAAUAGCCUACUCCUCUCUCGCUGUUGCUUGCGUGCUAGCGAUAACAAAACAAAGACAUACCAUAAGAAUUAUUUAAGAUUCCACACGAUGUCAUGGUCAGUAAUCAAAUAAGCAAAUUUGUGACAUUAACUGUAUUAACUCAUUUUGUACAAAAGGAUAGGUUUUCUUUCAUGAAAGCACUGUGAAAAUUCACAUGCAGGAUCAUUAUCAUAAUCAUCGGGUUUUGCACAUAUUUUUCACUCAAACUGUUAUGCUGAUAAUAUCAUUUGUAAUUAAAAAUAAACUAUUCAAUUGGAAAAAUGCAAAAUAGAAACAUUUUCACAAAUGGACUCAUACUUCGGAAAAUUGCAUACAUUUGCAUGUUUUGUUUUUUUUUGUUUUGUUUUUUUUUGGGUGGCACAGCCAUUGACCAGGAAAAAUAAAUGACACUCCAUGUCAAAAAGGUUGCCGAACCCUGUCCUAUGUAAAGGGUUGUAGGAAGUAAAGCAGGGCAAUACAGCAAAAACAGUUAAAAUAUAAUGUAUAUAUAAAGAGUCUUACACACCCCAGUUAAAAUAGCAGGGUUUUUUGUUGUUGUUGUUGUAUAAGAUGAAACCAAGUUAAAUCAUGUUAGUUCUUGUUCCACCUUUUAGUGUGAUAAUGCAAUCAACAAAAUUCAACUUAAGAAUAAAAUUGAAAGUUUUUUAGGAGAAUACAUAAAAAUAAAAACUUACAAUAACCUGGUUUCAUAAGUGUGCAAACCCCUUAACUAAUAUUUGAAGCACCUUUUGUUUAUUAUACAGCACACAGUAAUUUUUUUCAUAUUUUGCCAGUUUUUUAUUUAGUUACUAAACAAUUUAAAGUGUACAAAAAAAUUAAAAAGUACACUCACACACACAUGCCCUGUAAGAAUCCCCCAGUUCCCAUCCUACCAAAUCCCACCCCCACUGAACCAUUAUCUGAUCUUAAGCCAUAGAUUAGUCUAUUCAUGAUUGCCCUUCAUGAUUAAACACAACACAGCAUAUUAUUUCAAGAAAUGGAAGAAACAAGUAGAUUGGAAAUUUACACAGAUGAGCCAAAACAUCAAGUCAAGUGAGUUUUAUUGUCAUUCCUCUAUAAAGCUUGUAUACAUUGGAACGAAAUGUCGUUUCUCCAGGACCAUGGUGCAACACAACAGUACGCAAGACUACAUAAAGUGCAAUACACAACAGUGUGAGAUGAGUGCAGGAUAAUAAAUACACAGAACAGAACAAUAGAUACACAGGACAAUAAAUACACAGAACAUGAGCUGUAAACUGUUUUGUAGUGUAGCAGCAAUAAGUAUAGCAGCAAUAUUUGCAGCAACAAUGAGUUCCAUAAUAAAAAGUGACUGAUGCAGCUUUGUAAAGUGCAUGUGUGCAAUGUUUUUGAGUCAUACUGGGUUAGGUGUUUGACUAGGCCUGGUGAGCAUUGGGAGACAGCAGGGUGUUAAGUAAUCUGACUGCCUCAGGUAAGAAACUGUUGCGGAGUCUGCUGGUGCUGGCACGGAUGCUCCUGUACCUGCUGCCAGAUGGCAGGAGGGUGAAGAGUCCAUAAGAGGGGUGAGAGGGGCCAUCCACAAUACUGGUGGCUUUGCGGAAGCAGCGGUUGUUGUAUGUGGUGUCGAUAGUGGGUAGAGAGGCUCUAUCUUUUCAGCUGUUCUCACAAUUUGCUGUGGUGUCUUGCAGUCAGAGGCUGUGCAGUUCCUGUACCACACAGUGAAACAGCUGGUCAGGAUGCUCUCUAUACCUCUGUAGAAGGUGGUGAUGAUGGGAGGGGGGUAUUUGGCUCUCUUCAGCCUCCGCAGGAAGUGGAGGCUCUGCUGGACCUUCUUGGCUUGGCAGGUGGUGUUGAAAGUCCAGGAGAGGUCCUCUGUCAUGUACACACCAAGUCACUUGGAGCUUUUGACUCUCUCCACAGUUGUUCCAUUGCUGUGCUGUCGUGAGUGGUUUGCUCGGGUCAUCCUGAAGUCAACAAUCAUCUCUUUAGUCUUAUCAACAUUGAGAGUGAGAUUAUUGUCUCUACUCCAUUCUGCGAGCUGGUUCACCUCCUCUCUGUAUGCUGACUCAUUGUUGCUGAUGAGGCCCACAACUGUAGUGUCAUCAGCAAACUUGAGGAUGUGAUUUGAACUGUACUUUGCUGCACAGUCAUGAGUCAGCAGGGUAAACAGCAGUGGACUGAGCACACAGCCCUGGGGAGUGCCGUUGUUCAGUGUGGUGGUGCUGGAGGUGGUGUUGCCAAUCCCGACGACAUUGAAGACCUGCCUAAUAUGCUGUUGGUCCUCCGCGUGCCAUCAAAACAGCACCGACUAGCCGAGUCAUGGACUCUACAAGACCCCUGAAGGUGUUCUGUGGGUUCUGGUAUGAAGACAUUAGCAGCAGAUCCUUCAAGUCCUGUAAGUUGCAAGGUGGAGCCGCCGUGGAUUGGACUUGCUGGUCCAGCACAUCCCACAGAUGCUCAUUCGGAUUGAGAUCUGGGGUAUUUGGAGGCAAGGGUAACACCUUUAACUCUUCAUCAUGCUCCUCAAACCAUUCCUGAACAAUGUGUGCAGCGUGGCAGGGUGCAUUAUCAUGCUGAAAGAGGCCACUGCCAUCAGGGUAUACCAUUGCCAUGAAAGGGUGUACCUGGUCUGCAACAACAUUUAGGUUGGUGGCACAUGUCAAACUGAUGUCCACAUGAAUGGCCGGACCCAGGGUUUCCCAUCAGAACAUUGCCCAGAGGAUCACACUCUCUUCAUUAGCUUCUCGUCUUCCCAUAGUGCAUCCUGGUGCCAUCACUUCUCUAGGUAAGCGUCGCACACAUAUAUGGCUGUCCAUGUGAUGUAAAAGAAAAUGGGACUCAUCGGACAAGGCGACCUUAUUCCACUGCUCCAAAGUCCAGUUCCGAUGCUUGCAAACCCAUUGUAGGCACUUUCAAUGGUGGACAGGGGUCAUCAUGGGCACUCUAACUGGUCUGUGGCUACGCAGCCCAAAACGCACCAGGGUGCGCUACACUGUGUGUUAUGACACAUUCCACCCAUAACCAUCAUUAAAAUUUUCUGUAACUUGUGCCUCAGUAGACCAUCUGUAGUUUCGGACCAGGCGGGAUCUUUGUUGCCUUCGCGCAUCGAUGAACUUAGGGUGCCCUGUCGCUGGUUUUUGGUUUGUCACUCCUCAGACCACUGUCAGUAGAUAACUCACUACUGCUGACUGGGAGCACCCCACAAGCCUUGCCAUUUCAGAGAUGCUCUGACUCAGUCGUCUGGCCAUAACAAUUUGGCCCUUGUCAAAUUUCUCCUGCAUUCAGCACAUUGACUGCGAGAACUGAUUGUUCGUUUACAAUCUAAUUAAUCCAGACCUUGACGUGUCCUUGUUAGGAGAUUAUCAACAUUAUACGCUUCACCUGUGGGUGGUCAUGAUGUUUUGGCUCAUCAGUUUACACAUAU